UUAAUCAUCUCAUUUGUUUCUAAGAGACAAUCUGUAGCCGAAUGUGACAGAAUUGAUAGACCCCUGAGGAAGAAACCUUACCGCCGCAUAGAAAGAGCGAAAUAGUAUGAUAAUAAUAACGGAAAGGCAAACGUAAUCCAUGUUAAUGCAAUUUCUAUAGUAUGUUCACCGCGUUUUAAAAGUCGUCUCGCGACGGACUAGGGGGGGAGCGCGCGCCGCGAGCGCGACACUGAAUGACAUUUUUCCAGAAGAAAUUAAAAAAAAACCUCAUAUUUUAGGUGGUUUUCACGUGGAUGACAUAAGCUCGAAGCCGUGAUGGAAGGCAUCGUGGACAGUUUCACAGCGGAGAAACUUUUCCCGAAUCCCAACCUGUUGGACCUGGAGGAUUUGAAUGAGUCUGAUUUCCUCACCAAUGUGCACUUCACGGAGCACAUGGAUGACUUCUCCAAUGAGCUCUUCAGCACCUUCUUUGAUGAACACCUCUUGGCAGAAAGAAAUCCCCUGCUGGAGAUGGAACUGGACCCCCCAGCUGACAUUCAGGCUGAGCACAGCUACUCCCUGAGUGGAGACUCUGCCCCUCAAAGCCCUUCUAUGUCAAUUAAGAUGGAUGAGGAAGGAGAGUCCGAAGGGAUGUGGUCCUUCAGCCAGGACCUGACGGCCAUUCUGGUGAAACAGGAGCCCACAUUGGGCCCGUCUCCCUCUCCGUCUCCCACCCUGAAUCGGCCUGCCGAGACAUUUGUCCUGGCCCCCCCACCAAGGAAGUUUCCUGUGGAGGAAAUGGUCAACUCCAUGCCAGCUAUAAAGGCCGAGCCCCCAGAAGUGAACCAGUUUCCUAGUGGGUCAUCGGAUGAACGGCUGCAGCUUCCACCCACCCCUCCCAGCAGCCAUGGUAGCGACAGUGAUGGGUCUCAAAGCCCUCGCUCCCUGCCCCCGCCGAGCCCGGCGCGCGUACAGCCCCGCACCUCUGCUGCCAUUUCCAGUUCACCCCUCCUGACUGCACCUCAUAAACUGCAGGGCACCUCAGGACCUCUUGUGCUGACAGAGGAGGAGAAGCGUACCCUGAUUGCAGAGGGCUACCCAGUCCCCAACAAGCUGCCCCUCACCAAGACUGAAGAGAAAGCACUCAAAAGGGUCCGCAGGAAAAUCAAAAACAAGAUUUCAGCACAGGAAAGUCGCAGGAAGAAGAAGGAGUACGUGGAGUGCCUGGAGAAAAGAGUGGAGACGUACACCUCGGAAAAUAGUGAGCUUUGGAAAAAGGUGGAAACCCUAGAGUGUGCUAACAGGUCCCUCCUCCAGCAGCUGCAGAAACUACAGGUCCUGGUGGCCGGGAAGGUGCCGCGCUCCUGCAAGAUGGCAUCCACGCAGACGGGCACCUGCCUCAUGGUGGUGGUACUGUGUUUUGUCCUGGUCCUCGGAUCCUUCGUGCCCUGUCUACCCGAGUUCUCUUCUUCGUCUCACAUAGUCAAGUCCUCACCUCUGUCUUCAGGCGACGUCUACGCAGCCAGCCACGUUCGUUCCCGAAGCCUCCUUUUCUACGAAGAGGGCUCCCCCCUGGAAGACGGCUACGGCCACCUCCUGAAAGUGAGAGAAGCGGAUGACUGGGAGGGGCCGCCGGGAGACUACGUCAAAGACGGGCCCGUCCAGGGCCCCCUUGCAGAGCACGAGACGACCAAAUACCUGGGCAAGGACCACACGGAUGUAGUGGACUACAACAGGACAGGCUCCGAGUUCGCCCGCAACGAGGAGCGGUUCCUCCAAAGAGAAACUCCCCCCGAUGGAAGCGGCGCGGAGUACUUCUAGCCCCUCGGGAGGUCGGUGGCAGGCGCGCGAGGCUUUUGGCGGACCCUCGGAAGCGGGUGCCCUCUCCUGCCCUCUAGCGUCUGCAUCUCUCUCUCUCUCCGUCUCUCUGCCUCUGUAAGGAAAAGAAAAAACACUCAUGCCAAGUGGAGCUGGGCGCCAGCCAACCACUCAGCCACUCUGCCGACAAUCACAUUAAAACAGGGACGUUUACCCCCCCCCCCACUGCCUGGAAUUGGAUGUGAAGUAAGGGUCUUUGUGUGCCCCCUCUAUAAAUGUGCCUCUCUGUGAUGUGUGGGGGCCACAGCGGGUGUGUGCUUUUCAGUACCCAAGUGGUGCUGAGCAGAGCCUACUGCUGUGUA